AUGGACGGAGAUCAAAGACAAGGUUGGCAGACCGAAAACGGUCAAGAUGAGGAGGUGCAUGGUUGGUCAUGGUUGUGGAUGGGCGGAAGCAAGCACCAACGGUUGAUACGCGAUGUUGGGGCCUCCUUCAUCUUCGCGGUCAAGCGACAGCAACGUAUCCGAACCAUCCACGAGAGCAAUCCAUACGACCUGAUCCAAUCUUUUGACCACAUUCCCGAAGAAAACCUUUCCAAAAACGAUCUCCCGCUCCAGGUCCGACUUCCUGUCGAUCGUGAAGCCGGUCGCCUCGAACCCGUUCAGCUGCUGUCAAGUUUGGACUUCCCUUAG